GAGUGCAAUCAGCCAAAGUAAAACGAACCCUAGGUUUGCUUUCCCCUCUCCUCUCGUGCGCGCCUUCGUCGUCGUCGUCGUCGGCGGCGGCGGCAUGGCGGACGACGGAGACGGCGACUGCGUGAACCUGGAGCCUUUCUUCUACGACGAGGCAGCGACCGUGGCCGAGGCGGCGGCGGCGGCGGAGAGGCGGGAGCGGGAGGAGCAGGAGAAGGCGCGGGAGGCGGCGGCGAACGCCAGGAGAUGGGCGGCGCACAACGCCGCCCUCGCCGGCAUCCGCGAGUACGACCCCGCCGAGGAGACGUACAUCUACACCCGCUACCACUACGCGGACCUGUCCGAGUUCGACCUCGACGAGGAGUCCCGCCUCCCUCCCAUGCGCCACACCGCCGCCACCUACGCCCCGCCGGCGCGAGCCCUCCACUUCCUCUGCGAUAUGAUCAACGUCCUCGCCGUCCGCAUCAUCCUCCCCUCCUCCGAUCGCUCUGAUGGUGGUGGUGUCGGCUUCCCCAUCAGCGUCUACGGUUCUGUCAUCGCCAGAGACCAGCUUGAUUACAAAUGUGUACAUCUCUUCCGCCGCUGCAGAGACGAUCCUCAGCUAAUCACCUCAGAGGAUGAACUGUCGUUGAUAUUGACUGGGCCUCAUCGAGGACUUGUGCUGUAUGACGCUCUGUACAUUGAGGUCGAUCUCAAGAUGAAGGUGAAGGGUGAUCAACAACAAGGCUGCAAGGACAAGCGACUCAGUAAAGGGCUGAUAGUGUUGGAUGGCGUACUGCUCUCAACAAACUUGAGCGACCAUUUGCGUGCUGCGGUUAAAACCGCCACUCUUGAUAGGAGAAGCACCAUGCCCUGUGCCGUGCAGGUCACUUACGCGUAUGUCACGCGUGCAGUGGAGGCCACCGUCUCCGUUGAGCUUCUGCAUGAUCAGGGAGGAUGAGCUCAUUUCUGUGGGGAGAUCACUGCUUGCACCAGCACUAUCCGAGAUAGCAUUGUGCUCCAUGAUAGCAGAUUACUAGCAGAUGAUGGCAUUGUGGCUGAUGGAUCUACUGUCCGGCUAUUGCGCCGCGUGAUUGGCGUCUGUUUGGAUGAGGUGCUGAUAGUGACAAUUGUUGCUCAAGAUGGUGACCUUGCAAAGGCAACUAACUACUGCAGACAAACCGUUGAUUUUACACCUUGUGUCAAUGGUGGAGACGAAGCUCGAGUUGUGGGUGGUGUCGGCAGUUUUCUUGUGAAGGUUAUUUGGUCGUUAAUGGACCCAGUUAUUGACAAGUAGUUUGUUAUCUUUAUCAUCACGAAUGUAGGCUUUUAGUUGUGUACUGAUUGUCUGCAAUAGUUAUGUACUGUUGAGAGGAAAAAGAAAACGUUUGCUCCCUGGAAUUAGGCACUAGCAAUAGCAUGCCACGGCUGAGGAAACCGUGCCGGCCAAAGAUGUGUACGAAACUACGAACUCGCAAUCAACGUUUAGUGUUCCCUUUUGGAAAAA